AUUUUAUUGCAGUUAAAAGGUUUAGUUUUGAUUUGGUACAUCUUAACGGUGGGUUUAUGUAAGAACGCGAGCAACGUUGUCCCACAGGCAGCCACACAACACAGCCACCUCCCUCAGUCGCAGAUCACGUCUCCUCUCCUCUCGUCCGCCGCGCCGCCUUCCUCCUCACCUCAUCCACCGUUCUUCACCAAAGAACGAGGAAUUUGGCAGCGCACCUUUUCUGCUUCCCCAAGUGAUUCUCACGUACACUACACAGAUCACUCCCAAAAAUCAGAAUGUUUCGAACAUGGACCAAAGCAAUUAUUCCACUCUCAAAACUUCGAGCUCCAAUGCAUCAAACCUACGCUAGGGUUGCAGCUGCACCAAUCAUUGAAGACAAAGUUGAACCUAUUUUUAACCUAGACAAAAUGUUUUGGUCUAAACCAUGUUCUCUGGCGCUGCCGCGUGACUCGCCUCUAAGAGUUGAUGAACCUGAUUACCAGGGGUUUAAGCGUUUCAUGCUCAAACUCAUGCUGUUUUAUAGUAAGCAGAGCAAAUCGAUUCGAGGGGCUAAUGUUGUUUACAAAAGAAUUGUUUCUCAAGUUGAGAAACCGCUUAUUUACGAAGUGUUUAACUUGGAGAAAACAUUCAAAACAACAUUCUCUUUGCUUGUACUUCACAUGUGGUUUUACUUGCGCCGUAUUAAGCAAGAGGGAAGUGAGGGUGUUGAAUUUGGGCAGUACCUUUAUGAAAUCUACAAUCACGAUGUGGAGGUUAGAGUGUCCAAAGCAGGGGUUAACCUACUACUGAUUAAGUGGAUGAAGGAGCUUGAGAAGAUUUUUUAUGGGAAUAUUGUUGCUUAUGAUGCUGCUAUACUGCCAGAAGCUAAACCCGGUGAUUUCGCCAGUAUUAUAUGGAGGAAUAUAUUCUCAGACGAUGGUUCUUCAACACCAGACAAAGCUGCAUUGCAAUCAGUGCAGGCAUUGGCCAGGUAUGCUCAAAGGGAAGUAAGUUGCAUGACUUUAACAGAUAAAGAAGCGCUAUUAUCCGGGAAUUUCAUGUUUACAUCUUUGAAGCAUGAGAUCAAAAGCAAAAAUGGGCACCAAUGAUAAAGUAUUGGUUUCUAAUUUACAAUUAAGUAAAUGUAAAAUACAUGCUGUUAUUUUUUUAAACAUUUUUUCUCUCUAAAUAAUCACGAUAUAAGACUGUGUUGUUCUCCAUAAAGCUUUAUUAUUUAGUUAGUUCUUGCUCACAUAAAGGAGAAAAGAAAAGGGCAGAAAUGGUUGAGAAAUAUUUUGGAGGAUUAUGUCU